AGUAAACCUACGAAGCACGCGCACAUUCAUGUCCUAACUCCAAAUGUGCCACACCCAAGUCACCAACCAAGCAUGUCCCUCUCUCUCUUUCUUUGUCCGAACUGAAAUUUCGCCUCCACUUUAACGUCACUUUCUGCUUUCUGAUAUGCCACAGUCGGUCCACGUACACAGUUCUGCCUCUGCCUUAAACAAGGUCGUAAGUUCAACCAUCCCAGAAAAGCUGAAGCGAGAGCUUUUCGUUCACUGCAGUGAGAUUCAGGCUAAAAGCGGGAAUCAGCUCAACAGCCAAUAAGCCAAAACUUAGUUCUCCCCUUGACACGUGGUAUCAACCCAUUGGUUUAAGAGCAAGACUACAUUCUGUCCUAGUUUAAUGUUGGGAGACAAGUUUGCCUGUAUCAACGGCUGUUGUUGCUUCACUCUCCUAGGAGAAAAAUAUAUUAUAACUACCUACGGAAAUGAAAUGAAAUACUCUCAAACACUACCGUGCCUCCAACUUGUCCUUUUUUCUUUGCUCUCUUUGGUUUUGUCUGCUUUGUGUUUCCCUUCUUCUCUCUCUUUCUGAACUGGGUUUUCUCGGAGGUGCGUUUUUUGCUCUUCUUUUUACAGCAAAAGUUGACUAGUUCUUGGGAAGGGCUUUUCAUUUCCUUGCUUUUCCUUGUUGACCCUUUAGUAUUGGUUAAGUCUUUGUUACCACUUCACCAUUCUUUUCUCAUUUUCUUGCUCAUUGGAUUGUCUCCAGGCUGGGUGGUUAGAACUUAGGCUUAUAGGUGAAUUUGCUGGAUGUCUUUGGUUUUUCUUCUGUGAUUACAUCUGCAAAAUGUGGAUUUUGUUGGUGGUUCUUUGAAAGUUCUAAGCUUUGAUUUUAUUUCGGAGUUACUUUGUGUACUUCAAUAGCUUUUGGGAUGCGAAGAAUUUGUUUCAUUGAAAAUAAGAAGCUUGAUUUAUAGAAAAGAUAAAUUCACUGUUUCUGAAAAUAACUUAAGUGAAGUUUGCAUUUGUGUUUUCAAGUUGGAAAUUUUGUUGGGGUUAUUUGCUAGAAUUUAGAUGGACAUGGAUCCUAGGUUAAGAGGGUUUUCUGAUUUCCAACUGAGGAAUCAAACCGUGUCUGCCUUUCAAAAUCAACCUGUACUAGUUUUUCCGAAUCAGAACUUUGUUGCCGGUUCCAGAUUUCAGAAUACCUACAUAGAUCACAAGUUUAGGGAAUUUCAUUCUGAUCCAGCACCAAGUAAUAGAGCACCCAUUUCAAGUUUGAGCCAUGAGGAAGAUACGUCCGAAGACUGUGAUUUUUCUGAUUCAGUUUUGAGAUACAUAAACCAUAUUCUCAUGGAAGAAGAUAUGGAGGACAAGUCAUGUAUGCUUCAAGAGUCUUUGGAUCUUCAAGCUGCUGAGAAAUCAUUUUAUGAUGUCCUUGGUAAGAAGUACCCUCCUUCCCCUGAACAGAACUCUACUUUUGUUUAUAAAAGUGGGGAGAACCCUGAUGAUAGUUUCAUUGGACAUUAUAAUAGUCGUAUCAGUAGUAGCGAUAAUGGUAUCAACUACUUCGUUGACAAUGGAUGGAUGCAAAAUCUAGGUGAUUUUAGUACCACUCAGACACAAAGUUUUAAUGUUUCUAGCACAUCUCAAUCAUCAUAUAGCUCUUCAAUCACUAGCAUAGAUGGGCUGCUGGAGUCUCCAAAUAGUACUCUUCUGGUCCCUGAUUUGAGUGGUGAGAUCCAAUCUAUUUGGCAAUUCAGAAAAGGCGUUGAGGAGGCCAGUAAAUUUAUUCCAAGAAGCGAGGACCUUUUUGGUAAUUUGGAGGUCUAUGGGGUGGAAUCGCAGGAGUGUAAAGCAUGGACUAGUGGUGUGUUGGUGAAGGAAGAGAAAAAUGAUGAGGGAGAGUUCUCACCUACUGGUUCAAAGGGAAGGAAGAUUUCUCACAGAGACAAUGUGGAAACUGAAGAAGAGAGGAGCAGCAAGCAGGCUGCAAUUUCUUCAGAAUCCACUGUGCGAUCAGAGAUGUUUGAUAUGGUGUUGCUCUGUACUUCGGGGAAGCCUCCAACUCAUUUUACAGCUCUUCGUGAGUCCUUGCGCAAUGGAACUGGUAAAAAGGUGCAGCAGAAUGGACCGUCAAAAGGACCUAACGGUGGUAAAGGCCGUGGUAAGAGGCAAAAUGGGAAAAAGGAGGUGGUGGAUUUGAGAACACUCCUGAUUAAUUGUGCACAAGCUGUUGCAGCUGAUGACAGAAGAACUGCAAAUGAAUUGCUAAAGCAAAUCAGACAACAUUCAUCUCCAUUUGGAGACGGGAAUCAAAGAUUAGCUCAUUGCUUUGCAGAUGGUCUUGAGGCACGCUUGGCUGGUACAGGUAGCCAAAUCUAUAAAGGCCUUGUCAGUAAGAGAACUUCUGCUUCUGAUAUCUUGAAAGCUUACCUUCUGUAUGUUGCUGCAUGCCCUUUUAGAAAGAUUUCUCAUUUCAUCUCAAACAAGACAAUUAAUGUUGCAUCUAGAAAGUCAAUGAAGCUUCAUGUCAUAGAUUUUGGUAUUCUUUAUGGUUUUCAAUGGCCCACCCUUAUUGAGCGGCUUUCUUUGAGACCUGAAGGGCCCCCAAAACUUAGGAUUACUGGAAUAGAUUUUCCACAACCUGGUUUCAGGCCAGCUGAGCGAGUUGAGGAAACAGGGAGGCGUUUAGCAGCUUAUGCUGAAGAGUUCAAGGUGCCAUUUCAGUACAAUGCCAUAGCAAAGAAAUGGGAUAACAUUCAAGUUGAGGAACUUGGCAUUGAUGAGGAAGAGUUUGUUGUUGUUAACUGUCUGUAUCGUGCUAAGAACUUGCUCGAUGAAACCGUGGCAGUAGAUAGUCCUAGAAAUAUUGUUCUCAAUCUGAUACGGAAGAUUAAUCCAAAUAUUUUUAUCCAUGGAAUUAUGAAUGGGGCGUACAAUGCUCCAUUCUUUGUUACACGGUUCCGAGAGGCUUUGUUUCAUUUCUCUUCAAUGUUUGAUAUGCUUGAAACUAUUGUGCCUCGUGAGGAUUGGGAGAGGAUGCUGAUUGAGAAAGAGAUUCUUGGCAGGGAGGCCUUGAAUGCUAUAGCUUGUGAGAGCUGGGAGAGAGUGGAGCGGCCAGAGACAUUCAAGCAGUGGCAUGCCCGUAAUCUGAGGGCCGGCUUUGUGCAACAGCCAUUUGAACGCGUGAUAGUCAAGGAGGCAACUGAUAGAGUGAGGUCAUUCUACCACAAGGAUUUUGUAAUUGAUGAAGAUAGCCGGUGGCUGUUGCAAGGAUGGAAGGGAAGAAUAAUUUAUGCCCUUUCUGCUUGGAAGCCUGCGUAGGGAGCUUGUAUUUUGUUUGCUCUCUCUUAGGUCAUCUGACAGGAAAAAUUAGGGAACUAAGGUUAUACUAAGAGAAGCCGAUUAUCUGGUUUACCUCUAGAAGACUGAAAGUAAGUAGAACAUCAACAACUUGAAGAAUUGGAAAGUGUAAAGUCAACUGUUAUGUUUUAUCUCAGCUGACCUCUCAUGGUCCCGUAGGCACCUUGACAAGUCAAAGAAUUGUAAAAUACAUGUUUAUCAAGGGAACCAAGUUAUAGUGUCAAUUCCAUUCUCUCUCCAGCCUUGUCAAGAAUUCCAAGCAAAUUGUAUAAAAAAAAUUGUUCUAAAAUCUGACAAUACAAAUUGGUUGAUGCCAGGCCAAAAACCUCACAAAAUAAUGUGUUAGGAUUCAGAAAAUAGAAUUUAUGAGCAUCACUUAACGAUAGCUUUCAAUCAACAUCUGCUGCAAAUCUAUAUGCUUGUAAUUCUAUUGUUUUGUAUCACAUAAUGUUCUUUUUUCUCAA